CACACCGCUUGGACGUGGACAUACCUAAACGAACAAGGAAAAUCAGCGCCCCCUUCAAAAUUUGCCGCAGAUGAUCAACGUUGGAAAGAUGCCAAUUGUGUUUAUGCUAUUGGUUGUAGUUGAGUUGGGAUGGGCCGCCCAGUGUGACAAGCGGUCUGGACCCGCUGGAAAUGUUGAAUGCAUUCGACUACCGCAGUACAAUAAUUCAUAUCAAUGGAGAACAUGCCUUACAGAUGCAUACAUCAAGCAAAAGAGUAACCAAAAACACCAAUGUGAUGACCGAACAGCAACCUACUGCUGGUACGAGUGUAUGCUUGAAGAGAACAACAAGGCAAGUGGAUCAGUGACGAGCGAUUGUUCCUGCACAGCAGCCUCAAAUCCAAAAACACUCGCACCCAGCACUUCGCUGCCUCCAAAGUGCUAUAGUCCACCAGCGGAUUCCUGUGGUUGGUAUAGCAACUGCUUGGAAAGAAAGUAUCCCUGUGAAGCUACAAGUAAUGGAUAUGUGAUAAAAUACGCCGAACAUUUUUGCAAGCUGCAACACGAGACCUUUGCAAAAUUUACUCUUAUCGCACACAACUGGGUCGAUGAAGUUCGUAAAUGCCUACUAGUAGCACUGGUGCCACUAUUACGACCUUGGACGAAUCCAACCUGUAAACAAAUAAGAGAGAGAGCAUUCGCCUCUCAUACACCAUGCUACUUAGAUACUGCAGUCACAGACAAAGUCUGUGAUCUUGACUGCUCCGAUUACUUCAAGAUCUUUUGGAGCAUC